CGCCGCGCGUCGCCCCGGUCGCCUGGCGCGGUGGUGUCGGGGAUCCCCCUAACCAAGCUAGCGCGAGACGGGCCGAUGCUCGGCGCGGCUGCCGCGACCACAGAGAGGUCGGAGUCGCUGGCGUUCCCCGUUCACCGGGCACCAGGGAAUUCCCCGGGCGGCCUGCUAGGGAAAUGAUCCUCAUGGAGUCUCGGACGCCCGCCGACGGUCCCGGGAAGGUCCCCAGCAAGCUGCCGGGCACCUCCUCCGGUGCCGCCUCGGCGACGACGACCUCUGCCAUCACGACCAAGACAACUACUUCGGGGACGACGACGACCCGGAGUCCCCAGUGCGCCCGGUGCCGGAACCACAACCGAAAAGUGGCCGUGCGUGGCCACAAGCGCUACUGCCCGUACCGCAUCUGUGUCUGCCCAAAGUGCAGGCUUAUCGCCGAGCGCCAGGUGGUCAUGGCGCAGCAGGUCGCGCUGCGCCGGGCCCAGGUCCAAGAUGAGGCGAGCGGCCGAGCAGUGUUCGAGGAGGUGGACCCCAAGAGCCUGCUCGACCAGCCGCCCCCAACGGACGUGGUCAAACCGCCGGCCCUGGUCAGCACGGCGAACUCGUUCGCCGCCAACGACUACGCUGGCCGCCACCACCCCCGCGGCCCCGAUGUGCUCACAACAGCAGUGUCUUGCCUACCGGGAGAAUCAUUCUGGAACACGACGCUGCCGCGGCUGCACGCCAGCAACCUGCGGUUGAUGCCACCGCUGGCAUCAGCGCACCACCCGGCUGGUCCUCCACCUACGGUGUUCCCGUCCUUCCCGUUGUCAUACACACCGGGACCCUACGCGGACCCGCACAGGCAACCGACGGCCCAUCCGUCGUUCGCCCUGCCCCCGGCUCCUCCGGCGUCGUACGUGCUGCCGGCAGCCGCGGCACCACCGCACGCGGCCCUGGGCCUGGCCACGCACCUGUACGAGCCACCCGCCGUGGUGGGCAAGCCGCCGCCGCCACCUUCACUGGCAAGUUUGGUGUCCUCGGCGCCCCUGUACGACGCCGUGGUCGCGGCCAGCGCGAGCAGCGGCGUCGGUCUCGCCGUCGUGGGCGGCGCGACCAGCGGAAGCAGCAGCGGCGGCGCCAGCCGGCUCACGCCCGAGCUGCAGGCGGUUGCGGGCAGUCCAGUGCCGCUGGACUACUCGUCCCAGGCGGCCCUCGGCGAGGAGUACAUCGACGUUCAGGGAACCGCCACCGCCGGACACUCCUGAACGUGGCUGCAGCCGCCGGUGCCGCAUUUCGACGGAUGACGUGCCAGAAGAGAGGCGCAUCUCACGUGACUGGUCCCCACGGCUUUUUCAUUGCGUCACGAUUCAUCCCGACGUUUUCUCGUUGGCU